ACUUAUUGGGAGACGAAAAAGGGUGGGGGUGGGGCGUAAAGAGAGAGGUAGGACAGCAGAAAUGUUCAAUGAGGCUAUGAGCUCACUCACGCGCUGAAGAGGAGGUAACUGAAUGGCUGGCUGGUAAUUAACGUCCCAAAGUAGAUGACUAUCCUUUUCCCUCCACUGCAAAGGCAUCAACUUACGUCUGAAUGCCUUGCUCGAAUGAUAAUUACAAAUUAAAAGAAAACUACUAUGAAGAUAUUUUCUGUCAAUUGUUUGUGUUUACUUUUCACCAACCACGUGCAUUUUAAUCUUUAGUCAUAUGCAACAGGGUAUUUUUUUGGUUUUUGACUUGAAUGGACUGUUCCUGAUUUAAUGUCCGAAAGAAGAAGUAUGGUGUCAACGUUUUGCCUCUUGUUGCUGAACAGGAGAUCAACUCAUGGGAUGUAGCGGAUGCAGAGUCAGGUUCAACUUGGGCAAAGCAGUGCUGCCCAAAGUGUCCGUGUUCUUUACCAUGCUCCUCGUCUUCACAUACUUAUUUUACUGCCUUGCCGGUGUUUGUGAUUCAGUGCCAAGAACUUUAUACAGCCAUCAAUCGCCAGACGGGGAUUAUGACGAUAAAGCCCGCGGACUUGACAACCCGCGAUCCCAAGCGCUUCUUCGGUCGCACCUUGCGGAAGAGCUGGUGUCCCGGUGGAACGGCACGGACUCUGCGGAGAGUGCGCUCGGCGACGCGGAACAGCGCGGGACAGUAGAAGCACCUGGCCAACAACUACCCAGUCCAAGACAGAUUUAUGACGGGACCACAGAGGACGGGGGUAACGGCAUCCCCGUGUCGAAUACAUUCGGGACCAAGAAAAUCCCCCAAGCGAUCAUAAUCGGCGUCAAGAAAGGUGGAACGCGCGCGCUGCUUGAGUUUCUCCGCAUCCACCCGGACGUGAGAGCGGUGGGGGCAGAGCCGCACUUCUUCGACCGCUGUUAUGAUAAGGGUCUUGAGUGGUACAGGAGCUUGAUGCCCCGGACUCUGGAUGGCCAGAUCACCAUGGAGAAGACCCCCAGCUACUUCGUGACCAAGGAGGCGCCGGCCCGCGUCCGCAACAUGAACAGUGACACCAAGCUCAUCGUGGUGGUCCGGGACCCUGUGACCCGCGCCAUCUCCGACUACACCCAGACCCUGUCCAAGAACCCGGGCCUUCCCAGCUUCCAGAGCCUAGCCCUGAGGAACGCCACCACGGGCCUGAUCGACACCACCUGGAGCGCCGUGCGCAUCGGCCUCUACGCCAGGCACCUUGAGAACUGGCUGCAGCACUUCCCCUUGUCCCGCCUCCUGUUCGUCAGUGGCGAGCGUCUGGUGUCCGACCCGGCGGGAGAGAUGGGACGCGUGCAGGACUUCCUGGGGCUGAAGAGGGUUGUGUCGGACAAGCACUUCUACUUCAACCAGACCAAGGGCUUCCCGUGCCUGAAGAAGCCAGAGGGGAGCAGCAGACCGCGGUGCCUGGGGAAGUCCAAGGGCAGGCCCCAUCCCCAGAUCCCCUCAGAGGUCUUGCAGAGACUCAGGGACUUCUACCGGCCCUUCAACCACAGGUUCUACCAGAUGAGUGGACAGGACUUUGGCUGGGAGUAAGGGGAGCUUUACGGACAUAAUCCCGCAGCCUUAUUGUGUCUG